AUGCGCAUGCGAGGAUAUGAGGCAGCGCACGGCCCACCCAAGGCCAAUCCUGCUGCAGCCCCGGCUCCCGUUCUGGCACCCGUUCUCGCCCCGGCUCCCAUCGUCGUUCCCGUUCCGGCAGCCGCGCCCUCCCAGCCACCCCUAACUUCAAGCAAGGCUUCAAUCUCCCAGGCUUCGCCUGCUAACGUCUCGAAAGCCUCCCCUAAGCACCACCUGAAGGGCAGUGGCCCGUCGCCCAACCCCGCAGCUCGUGAAGCCAUGCGCCCCCCCAAGUACGGGGGAUACAGCAAGAGAGAUCAGCUUGGCAGCGUCAAUGACAGCUGGGGAGCGGAGGAAUCUGUUGACGAUGGUGGUGUCCGUCGCCUUGGACUGUUCCAGGUCGAGCCGGAGCCACCCAGCCCUCCUGCCAGCCCUUUUCCGUGA